UUCUAAAGAAUUUUGUAGCGAAGUUUUGUUGCGGUGUCUAAGAUGAAGAAGGAUCUGUUCGAUGCUUGGGAAAGUGGCGAUGUUGAAACAAUCAAAAAGUUAUGUAAGGAGAAUAGCCAUGUUCUGUGUGACGUUACUUUCCAAGGCGAUACUCCUCUGCAUAUAGCUGCAAGGAAAGGCCAUCUAGAAUCUGUUAAAACGAUUCUUUCAAAGAAGCCCUCUUUGGCUGGAGCUCGAAACGAGGAUAAUAAUCAGCCUCUGCACGAAGCUGCUAAAUGCGGUAACCCAGAUCUAGUCGAAACUCUGCUUCAAUGCAAAAAGAGUGCUGUCUGCCAUUACAAUAACUUUGGUGAGACAGCUCUGAUAAUAGCUUCCAAAUAUGGCCACAUGCAAGUAGUCGAGAAAUUGUUGAACAGCAAGUUAUGUAAAGAUAGAAUUGAAUGGAAAGUAUCUGUUAAAGAGGCAGCUUAUCGGGGUUAUAAAGAUGUAGUUGAGGCACUGCUUAACGAUCCCAUCAAAAUCACCCAGUUCAACAAGUUCAGAGAUCGCGCUGUUGGUUUCCCCUCAUUUGCUUUUGGAACUCCGAUUCUGCAUAGAGCCGUGCAAGGAGGACAUCUUGAGAUCGUUAAGGCAAUAUUAAAUAAUAGUUAUUGGAAAGAUGAUUUAAUGACAGAGAAGGAUGAACAUAGAAGGUGCGCAAUUCACGUAGCAGCCAUGGAAGGCCGUUGGGAUAUAAUCAAUGAAUUUUUGUCCAGAAUGCCAAGAUGUGUAGAAAUCCGCAAUUCUGAGCACAGAUCUGUUCUACACAUUGCUGUGGAAUAUAAUAAAUUUGAGGUAGUGCACAAUCUACUAGUAAACAAAGAAGCAGAAACAGUGAGAGAACUAGUCAGCCGCGACCAUGACAAUUCUCGCAAUACAGCACUACAUUUGGCAGCCAUAAAUAAAGUGGAUUCCCAGCUACUAGAAUGUCUUCUCUCACCUCCAGGUGUAGACGUGAAUGCCCUGAAUCUCGAUGUGAAUGCUCUGAACGAUGAAGACAUGACUGCACUUGACAUAGCAUCAGCUGCUCAUGAACACGAUCCCAUCAUAGAGAAACUGGAAGCUGCAGGAGCUACUCGGUGUAGUCUCGUACAAAAAACUCAUACAACUUCCAAGACAAAACAAGGAAGUGCCAAAGAUGCCACCGAUAUACACGUGAUUGUGGCAUCACUGAUUGCCACCGUCACAUUUGCAGCCAUCUUUCAAAUCCCGGGCGGAAUUGAGGAUGACAAACACAGUAUACAGUAUGGAGGUGCCAGGUUAGCAUUCCAUAAAGUUUUCAAAUUGUUUCUGUUUUUUGACACUGCGGCCUUCUCUACUUCCCUUGUAUUCGUCGGCCUGUGGUUAAACCGAGAAGAGGGGCAGCCUACCAAUUUUUAAAGGCCGUCAACGCUGUCCCGUGUGUCUGUAUUGAGUCUGACAUUCUCAAUAUUGUGGACAAUAGUCGCAUUCACUAGUGCCGCUAUUCUCGUUAUACUACCCCGUCACGAACCGAGCCUAGAAAGUGAGAAUAAGAAAUCCUUCGAUAAAUAUGAAUCGCUUUUGGGAUACGAGGGUUAUUUCGCAGUCCUUCCACCAAUCCUUGCUACCUUUUUUGUUAUGAGUUUAGGUUGGCCUUGGAUGCGUGGAGUGAUGCAGAAUUUAGGAGGCAUCGUUGCUU